AUGGAGAUACACAAAGAUACCCAAACUUCUGUUAAAAAAGAGACUAUAAUACCAGAGUUUUCUUCGUUUGAACACCAAAAGGAAAAUAUAUUUCCUCUUAGGGAGGGUCGUAAGGCAAGUUCCUUGUCACUUGUUUUUGGUAAUGAUUCUUCUUCUCGCCAGGCCGGAUUAGAAGUUGGUCACGCAAAAUUUAGGGCCGAGCUCGAAAAGAUCCACGAACUCGAUGACCCUUUUGACGUAUAUAACCAGUACAUAAAGUGGACUAUGGAAAAUUACCCCCAAGGCCAAAAUCCACAAUCAAAUUUAAUACAAUUAUUUGAACGAGCUUUAAAAGAAUUUGUUCAUGAUACUCGCUACAAAAAUGAUCCAAGAUAUUUAAGGUGCUGGAUACAAUAUUCAAAAUUCAUCGGUCAAUCAAAAGAAUUUUUUAUUUUCUUGAAAGUCAAUGGGAUUGGUAUGGACUUAGCUGCAUACUACGAGGAAUAUGCCGAAUUUAUGGAAAGGUUGAAUAGAUGUAAGGAAGCUGAUGAAAUAUAUACAGUCGGAAUAAGUCGAAAAGCACAGCCUCUUGAGCGCCUAACUCGUCGUUAUAGGCAAUUUCUGACGCGCUUAAGUUCAUUACAAGAAACGAAUAAUCAAUUACAACGAACUGAAUCAAGUCAGCAGCAAAAUGAUGAAAAUUCACAAAGAAUUAUUCUCGGAGUCAGAGAUUCAAUAAAUUCCACACCAUUAAAUAUUUUCAACCAAAGAAAUUCACAAUCAAUCAAUGUUAACCGGUCAACAUUACCAAGUACUGCACUUUUAAAUAAAAAGCUAGGAACUGAUACAAAUGAAGAAAAAUUAAUAAUAUUCCAUGAUCCGGAUGGCGAGGUUGGAAAUUCUGCGUUAACUUCUUCAGAAACAUCAGGGAUUUGGAGAGAUUUCGGGACGGAAUUGGGUAAUAAAAAAGAAAACACCAAGGAAGCCGAAUCAUGGAAAGGCGCGACAUUGCCCGAAACCUCCAAAAAGCAAAUUUCAUCAUCUGAUACGAUUUUAAAAUCAAAUACAAUUUUAACAUCAAAUACAAAUGCUCCUAACAUUCGACCAAAGGGAAAUUGUACUGAAAAUACGUUUGUAGAUCUUAAUACAAUAUACGCCAAUGGAAAUGAAUAUUCAUUUGAAGAAUUAAGAGCAAAAAGUAAAAGUCAUGAUCGACCGACCUCUAAAACAAACAGUGUCAGCGAAUAUUAUGAACCAAUUCCUGGAAUGACGCCUAAUCCACCUAAUAUUAAGAAACUUGUCAAAAAACCCUCACCAACAAUUAACACGAAAGCGGCCUUCGCAGAUAUAAUGGAAUUGUUCAAUCAACCAUUGAAUUGCGAGCAGAAUGAGGAUUACCAAGAAGACGGAGAACUCAAUUCCAAACAAACCAACUUCCUUAAUCAAACAUCAAGCGAUCCUAAAUCUGAUAUUCUCAAAACGCCUCAAAAUCAUUCAAGAUUCAAUGAUAAUGUCGAGAACAUCAGAUCAACUAAUUAUUCUAAUCUUUGUGAACGUGAAAAUAAUCGCAAAAUUCCAUUUGAACUCAUGACGCCAAUACGAGAAACCAGCCGUGAGUAUAAAUUAAAUUCCAUAGAAACUACUAGCAACACCGAUAAACUUAAUGAAAUCAAAGUUAUCGUAGAUUCAACAUCUAAUCUAAUCGAAAAGGAAGAAGCCAAAGAAUCGCACAGUGAUGCUUUAGAGUUCUUAUAUCCUAUGAUUUCUAAUCCUUGUAAUCCAUUGGACUCAAGAUUAAUUGAUCAGGUUUUGAAUUCACUUAAACCCCCAUUAAAUCAAUUUCCUGGUUUAUAUUAUGCUCGUGAUCAAAUUUCAAAUAAUCAUGGUAAAAUAGAGAAACUUGCACGAUGUGGCGUAAAAUCUGAUCGUCGUCAUUCAACAAAUUCCGAAGUUCCAAUUGAACUUUUUAAUGAUUCCUUUCUCAUUCGGCAAAAAGUUGGAGAAGGAGGCUUCGGUAAAAUCUACCACGUGUUGGAUAUGAAUAAAGAUUUAGAAGACUCACAGAAAUCACGUGUAUUAAAACUUCAAAUGCCACCUAGUGCUUGGGAGUUUUAUAUUAUUCGAAAAUUACACGAGAAAAUUGCAUCUCCGAUGAUAGAUUCAAUAAUAACAGUUCAUUCUUUAUACUAUUUUAAAGAUGAAAGUUAUUUACUCGAAGAAUAUUGUAAUCAUGGAUCCAUAUUAGAUAUUGUUAAUGCAUCUAAAAAAUCUAACACGGUUAUGGACGAAAUAUUAGUGUUUUUCUUCACAGUGGAAUUAUUGAAGGUUAUUGAAGCAAUUCAUAAGGUUGGAAUAAUACACGGCGAUAUCAAAGCAGAUAAUUGUCUUUUAAGAUUAGAACAAACAUCUGAAUGGAAUUCUAAAUAUGAAUCAUCGGGUGCAAAUGGUUGGUCAAAAAAGGGAAUAAAAUUAAUUGAUUUUGGGCGAGCAAUCGAUGUAACAUUAUUUCGUUCCGAUAUGAAAUUUAUAGCCGAUUGGAAAACGGAUGAUCAAGAUUGUGUUGAAAUGCGUGAAGGAAGACCAUGGAAAUGGCAGGCAGAUUAUUAUGGUAUAGCGGGUGUCAUUCAUUGUAUGUUACACAAUGAAUAUAUGCAAAUAACUCCUAUACGAGUCGAAGAUGAUACUUAUUCAUCUGGGGCAGUGUCGAUAUCGACUAGAAAAUACAAGCCGAUACAAUCAUUUAAACGUUAUUGGCAAGGAGAACUUUGGAGAAGAUUAUUCCACAUGUUGCUAAAUCCUACCCUUGUUCGAUCUGAUGGGCAGUUACCAAUUACAGAAGAAUUAAGAGAAAUUAGGCGGGAGUGUGAGAAUUAUUUAGUAAUGAAUUGUAAUAAAAUUGGAAGAAGUUUAAAAGAUAUGUUGUAUAAACUCGAAACAUCAAGUGAAAUUCGGUGA